GAGCCGAGCCGAGCCGAGCCGGCAGGCGGAGCCCGCGGCCCCCGGGCUGAAGGAGUGGGGCUCAGCCGCGCAGGUUUUUGAUUGCAAGUGGAAGACAGGUCUUUGAAAUACAUGAUGGCCACUUGUCAGCUUUUACACACGAGACAAAAGAAGUCUUCUAAGGAAUCAGUGUUGUUCCCCAACAAAAUUGAUACUGAGCAGCAGUCUGUGGUGCUGGUGAAAAGACUUCUGGCCAUCUCUGUCUCCUGUAUAACAUAUCUGAGAGGGCUGUUCCCAGAGAGUUCUUACGGAACUCGCUAUUUAGAUGACCUCUGUCUAAAAAUUCUCCGAGAAGAUAAAAGCUGUCUGGGAUCAUUUCAGAUAGUCAAGUGGAUUCAAGGUUGUUUUGAUGCUUUGGAGAGGCAGUAUUUGCAUAUCGCUGUCCUGGCAAUUUACACCAAUCCCAAGGAACCGGAGACAGUGACUGAACUGUACCAAUUCAAAUUCAAGUACAGAAAGGAGGUGCCCCAGAUGGACAUCAUCAGCAACAAAAUGAACUUUGUGAAUGGGGUGUGCAGCGAGGACAUUAAACAAGCCAGCAGUCUGCUGAUCCGUAAGCUGUACCUGUUAAUGCAAAACCUUGGCCCACUUCCCAAUGACAUUACCCUGACCAUGAAACUCUUCUAUUACAAUGAAGUAACUCCCAACGAUUACCAGCCGCCUGGCUUUAAGGAAGAAGUCAGCCCCGCGGACCUGUUGUUUGAUGGUGAUCCCAUCAACCUGAAAGUAGGGUCAGUCUCCACUGGGUUCCACACCAUGAAAGUGAAAGUAACGACUGAAAACAAAAGGAUGGGGAGAAUUGAAAGCAACCUGAUCCAGAAGAAUGGCCCAACUGAGAUCUCCCAUCAAGGGUUAGACUAUGAUGAAGAGGAAGAGGAGGGGAGCACCAAGGACAACCCUCUCCCUGUCAGAGCAGAUUCAGGUGAGCCUGAAAAGGACAAAAAUGAUACCCAUCCAGGCUGGAGACCUGAAGCAUCUUCUUUUUGCCUUCAAGAUACAGGUGGAAAGGAGAAGACAGAAAUAAAAGAAAAGGGCAGAAUGCCUUCCUCAAGGGCCUCUCAGCAGGAUAAGAAGACUCAUCUAUCCCCUGGAGGUGCUGAUCUCUUUUUCACUGGUUACUGGGGCAAUCCACAGAAGUAGGGUGGACCAGACAUGUAAUUUUAAAUACGUAAAGUUAUGUGAAAUUAAUUCCCUCCUGCGACUGUCCAGGUCAAAUCCUGAAUCAGAGUCAGAGCUAAAAUUCCUGGGCUUGUGCAUAAGUUUUUUCAGUGACACAGCAAAUCUCUGAAUACCACCAGACUUGCCACUUGAUCCUUCUCUCAUUCAAAUCAGUUGAAAAUCUUGUGAGCUUGUAUGUUCUGAAAAUGAACCUUUACAGGGUAAGUUAAUGAGAGUAGGAAAUUGCUACUAAAAAUUUCCCUGCUUCUGUUGAAAAGAAUCCUGGGGUGUCUAACCCAGACAGCAACUGGAGACGACUACUUAAUGUGUCACUCAAAAGGCAUCUCAGAAGUAUUUGCCUUGACUCUGGAUCUUAGAAAUGAACUUCUGUGCCUAGGCUGGUAUUUUUCAAACUUUAACCACAUAUUUUUUUGUCACAUCCUCCAGUUUCCUUCUGAUCAUUGUUUAUUCUGUCGUCUCUGUGAAAACAGGAGCCUUUUUUGUUUGUAACCCAUGGUUGUCCCACUGAUUCACGCUCUUACAUUCUUUCGGGUCUGUCAUGAUUAUAAUCAGAGCACCAGACACCUCUCUCUGUGAAUUUCAUUAGAACACGGUAGCAAUAGUGAGAGUUUCUGAAGGUGGUGGAAACAGUUACUGAAAAGUAGAAGAGUCACUUUAUCCAUUGAAUGCUUCCAAAGACUUAAAAAAAUAAAAAUAAUUUUAAAAAAUCCCAA